AUGGAAAGAAGCCGGGAUGCCAAACCCAUAACCAAGCAAAAUGAUCGGCCUGAGGAUAAUCCUACUGCAUUUAGUGCACGAGAGGCCGCCGAUAUGAAAAAGAUGAUUGAGCGGGUCCUACAACAGAAUAAGUUAUUACCUACCUCUGAGGAACAGUCCAGAGGAAAGCUACCAUUCGUGGCCGAAGUAAUAGAGAAACCUUUGCCGAGGAAGUUCAAGAUGCCUCAAAUAAAUCCUUAUUCAGGAAAGGACGACCCGUACGAUCACGUGCAAAACUAUGAAUCUUUAAUGAUGCUUCAUGGAUGGGACGACGAGAUAAUGUGCAGGGCAUUUCCUUUAACCCUAACUGGGCAUGCUCGAGCCUGGUUUAACGGCUUACCCGAGGCAUCUAUCUCUUCAUUCGGGCAGCUAAAAAUAGAAUUUAUCGAAGCGUUCAUUAUUAACAGUCAGAGAAAGAAGGAUGCGACAUAUCUGCUUAGCAUUCGACAAGGGAAUAAAGAGACCCUACGACACUACGUGGACAGAUUUCGAAAUGCCACACUUGAGAUCUGUAAUUUAUCGAUUGAAAUGGCGGUGUCUGCCAUGUUCCAAGGGAUACGACUAACCCCCUUGCAAGAAUCAUUAUCCCUGGACCCUCCGAAAUCUCUGGCAGACCUGUUCGUCAGGGCUAACAGGUACAUACUCCAUGCGAAGAUGAUGAGAACGAUAGGGGGAAGUGAAGACGGAGAGAGAAAUAGGAAAGAGCGAGAUAUUGAAGAAGGAUCAAACCAGCGAAAAGAACGGAUCAGGAGGUCGGAUACAGUGGGGCCACAAUUCCAUCAUUACACUAGGCUCAAUCAACCCCGAUCAACUAUAUUGGCGGCAGUAGAGAGGUCUGUUCUCCUCCAGCUUCCGAAAAAGGCAGAUCGCCCCAUGGGGAGAAAUCAAGAAGAGUACUGCAGGUAUCACCGAACUCGGGGACACUCUACUGAUCAGUGUAGGGAGCUAAAAAAUCAGAUCGAAGCACUCAUUCGUGAAGGACACUUGCAAAGAUAUGUAAGGACUGAAGGUAGAAAUGACAAAGACCGUCAAAGAAGGGAAGAAAGACCCGAAGGUCAAGAUAGACGAAAUUUACGGCAGAAUGAAGGGAUAAGGGAUGACAGAAUGGUGGCCCCCCCCUGA